AUGUCCCUCACAAUCGCCCUUACGUACGACCUCAAAGCCGACUAUGAGAUUACAGAAAGUAUGCCGGUGGAUGAACUUGCAGAGUUCGACAGCGAAGAAGUCAUUGCAGGCCUGGAACAAUCAAUGAUCGAGCUCGGUCACAAGCCCAUCCGGGUGGGAAAUUUGUUCCAACUCGUUCGAGCUCUCGCUGCCGGUGAGCACAAAGCUUGGGAUCUCGUGUGGAAUGCCGCAGAGGGAUAUCAUGGGACGGCUCGCGAAGCACAAGUGCCUGGUUUGCUCGAGGCAUGGCAGAUACCCUGCAUCUUUUCCAAUGCUGCGACUCUGGCUAGCAUACACGACAAAGCGUUGACCAAGAUGAUUCUAGCGCACAGAGGAGUGGCCACGGCACCCUUUUUGACGAUUCGUUGGCAAGAUGAGGUCCCGACUCUCGGGGUCGAAGAAUGGCGGAGAAGAUUCCCUCGGUUGGAAGAUGAUUUGCAGAUCUUUACGACGAGGAUACCAGCUGUCUUCGUGAAGCCAACUAUGGAAGGCUCUUCCAAGGGUAUCUAUACUUCCAACAAAGCGCACAGUGCAGAAGAUCUCAACGCAGCGAUUCGUACUCUACGCCAACGCUUCCCCACUCAGAAUCUCAUCAUUGAGCCCUUCUUACAAGGUCGUGAAUUCUCCGUGUCGAUCCUAGGUUCGGGAGGAGAGGCGCGGGUCUUGGGAGCCGUUGAGUUCCAGUUCAAGCCUGGAAGCACCACCGACUUCCUCGCGCUGGAAUUGAAGGAUGACGAUAAUGCCUGGUUGGAUAUCAUCAAGGACACCAAGGACUCGUCCAUCGAUCCUCUCGUUGAGACUGUGAAGACGCUCGCUCUGGAAGCUUGGAGAGCGAUCGGAUGUUAUGAUGCGGGUCGAGUCGACGUUCGCUGUCAAGGGAUAGGCGAUGAGGCACGGCCUUUUGUACUAGAGAUCAAUGCUUUGGCCGGCAUGUGUCAGGGCGUUUCGGCUCUGCCUUUGACGGCCACGAAUGCUGGUAUGGACUACAAUACUUUGGUUGGUGAAAUCAUUCACAGUGCGAUGCAGCGGAUCCCGACACGGCGCUGA